CCUGACUCUCGUCUUGAAAUCGGCAACAUUGCUCCGACUGGCCUCAGUCGUCCGCGACAUUCUGUCCGCGAUACGAUUCGGCGCGAACGUGUCGUGUCCUCCUCCGAGCCCCACUGAAUCGCCUGUAUAGCAACUACCCCCGUCGAAGGAACCGGUGAUGAACGGAAGGGAUUCGUGACAUUACGCUUCAAAAUCAUCAAAAUCGAAUGAUACAUACGAAGAUCGUUUGGGGGGUGUCCUUUUGCAAAAAAAUAUCUCGAGAUAAUAAUCUGGUGAAUGGUGAAUAAAAAAAACAUUCGCGGUUGCUGGAUUGCCUGGAACGCGGUGAACGAGACUACUUGUCUAGAGUGAAUCGUAGACUCUCGGCUCACAGAGUUCAAACACGCGGACACUUGACAAUUUUUGAAAGAUAAGAUUAAAAGGGUAGAUUCUUGUUUAAGACAAUCGGCAAUUUAUGGAAAGUGAAGUGGUGCGAGAUAACAUUGCCACGAAUCAUCUUCGCAAAGGAGUUCCGAUAUUUUCUGUGACAUUCGGGUGAUAGAAGCAAUCGGUGAUCGGCAUUCGCGAUUUUGCAGCAUCUCUUACGUCGCCGAUUGGUGCACUGGAGCCACGCCAAAAGGAGUCGCGCUCGGGAUUGCCCCGCCGUUUCAGGUUCCGUGGUCACCACGUGGUCGUUGCAACCUGGCCGCAGCAUCGCCGCGAUGUGCGGUUAAAUUUAGAGGGAGAUAGAAACAAGCCUGUGGUCAGGGAAAAUUGACGGUUCGCGGAUUAAAUUAUCGGCUGAUCAGCAGACACAGUCGAAUUCGGCAGAGCGCGGCGGCGGCGCAGCGUGCCGAUCUGGUUCGAUCGAUGGAAUGAUCGACGCAAUAUCGAUCGUCACGAGAGCUGUUACUGGACAAUCGAGCCGGCCCGAUGCACCGUUGAGGGACACGCGACCGCUGAGAUAUCGAAAGGUGAUCGACAGGUACGAUCGCGCGAGAGCCGCAGUCACGUGGCCCGUGAUGAUGUAAGGUGACCUGAGAGAACGGUGCUGCGGAGACGAAAUGACGCGCGACAGGAGGCUGCUGUUGUUGCUGGGCCUGCUGAUGGUUUACGGCCUCUUCGUAGUCGAAUGCCGGUACCAUCAGCGCGAGGAUGCGACGACGACGGAGGCGAGACACCGACAUAGGCAUAGGCACGAGUCUUCGACUCGAAGAGGUCACCACGAGCUCGACAGAAGAUCCUGGCAGGAAAUGGACUAUGAAUACGACGGGGGCUCCGAGGAUCCGAUCGACGAGGAUGACUAUGAGACGCGAUCGUAUUACGAACAUCCUCGAUCGCAUCAUCGAUCACCGCAGAAGAGUUAUCACAGCCGGAUGUUCGAGCCGCGUUAUCCGUCUAGGUACCACGACGGAUAUCACGUUGCAAGCGGCUGGCACGAUGAGAAUAACGACAGGCGUAGAAUCCCAUCGUGGUAUAAUAUGAAGAAUCAUCGACAUAAAUCCGGCAGGACCUAUCACAGGUCCGCGUAUUCGCGCAACCGUGACAUGUCGGACUACGACGACGACACGGAGGAAGAUUACGAUUACGAGAGGCCGCAUAGGUACGGAAACGGCGGGGCGGAUAAACACCGCGAACGAUGGAGAAACUCUAGGCGAUACGCGUCCUUCAGGAGAGACUGGAGAAAUAAAAUGAACGGUUAUCACGGCGCGAGGAGGCAUCGUUUGGAAGAUCGCGGAGGCGUCAUCGAUCAUGGCGACGCGGCGAGAUGGACGGACGACUGGAAAAGAAGAUCAAACUCCUCGGACUCGAAAUAUCAUUUGCCGAAGGAAAAGGACGAGCGAAAGGCGGAGGAGGACGAGGAUUACGAGGAUCACGGCGGGCUCGAGGAGGACGACAAGGAUGAGGACGAGGACGACGUCUGGAAGGAUAUCGAUGACGACGGAAACGAGGAUAUUUCCGAGGAGGAAGAGCUCGAUAACGAUUUCUACAAAAGCGAAACAAAGGCACCCUUGAAAACCUACGACGAUAUCAUCAGAAGACUCACGUCCGACGAUCCGACUACUCCGAAGACUACUGUCAAGAGAGAUUAUCGGAACAUCGAAUCGAAUAAGCAAGUGAAGCGAGACGACUACAAGAAUCUCAAGUACGAAGCGAGGAACGUCUCUAGACCGGCGGACCUUCUCACGAGCGCGCCCCGUGCUACUGGUACCAUGUCCAAUUAUUUCGCAAAUAAACGAACUGCGGAGAACUCGACUGUCAAAGCCACUGCACAUAAGCCUUCGAAGAACACGGUCGAUGGGUCAGUGGUCAAGGGCCACGAUCGGCAGGGGGGAAAGACCGUCGAUACCCAGACUAAGACCAAAAGCCUCGAGCAGGAUUACGACGAGUACCUGAACAGCCCGGAUAACGAGAAGGAGGACGAUCUCGUCAAACCUGGAAUCGAGGACGAUUCGACCAUGCAGGCGGAUGUCACUAAUACGGAUUACACCGACGACGAGAAUGGCGAGGAGGACGAGGUCGAUAGCUUGACCACGUCGACUACUACGACGACAACUACGACGACAACCACGACGGCGAAGCCAUCGCUCAACCAGCAGUACGAUUACAAGGACCUGAGAGCCUAUGACAGCGGUACCGGGGCUCAGUAUAACGGGUAUCAAGCGAAAAACGACUAUCCGCCGAUGUCUGCUCACAGCGUUCACAAGUGGCAGUCGCUCGGCACUCGCGAGGGCGUCAAAGAGACCCGCAGCAAUAUGCAGCAGUUCAACAAAAACGGAAAGAGUGCUGAAAUCCGAGAGGCGCUUCAGCAUGCAAUUAAAGUCAACAAGGAAGGCAGCUGCCAGUGGCCACGCGCGAGAGUCAUUCCGGUUCGUGACGUCUAUCCGAGCCCAUCGACCACCUACAUUCCACACUGCGCCAUAUUGCACAGGUGCUCGGACGACACCGGAUGCUGCAGAUCGGAAGCGCUCACUUGUGUGCCGAAGCAUUCUCAUCGUGUCGAGCUUUCCUUCUACACCACGAGCGUGGGCGGUGCCAGCGUAGUGGAGAAGCUAUCGUUCUACAAUCACACGGAAUGCGAAUGCAAGGAAAGGUCCGAAUACGACACGGCGAACGACAGACCCGCGGACCAGAGAGUCUCUCGGCAUCAUCAGACCUCGUCGCCCCCUCAAAACAUAAAAAAACCACCGAGAAAAUCAUGUCGUUGCCCAUCGGAAUUUACACCGAGGAUUACGCUGGAAGGCAUUUGUCAAUGUAACUGCUACGAGAGCAAUGAAAAUUGCAUAAAGACCAGACGUGGGAAGGUCUACUUUUCUCUCGCGGACAGAAUAUGCAUUCAGAAAAACGAGUGCGCAAUACCCAACUGCGAGUUUGGCGAGUACAUAAAGUGGCAAGGCAAGUGUCCGCGGAAGAGGGACACUUUCGACGCGAUGACGAGCUAUCGCACAAGUCUAAAUCAUCGAUACAGAAGCUAGACGGGCCGCGAUAAACGGCAGCGGAUAGCAAAGAGGACGAGGAUGACGAUCGCGUAAAGUGCGAUCCUAUGAUAAUGCCAAUGAGGAGGGAGCUAGCACGCGACGAAGGGCACGAAAAACCGACGGUGCCAUUUUCUUUCAUUUACUUUCAUUUUGAGUGCCUUCGUCGGAAAGAGAGAGAGACUCGCUAUAUUGUACAUGUACGCGUAUGUUGUGUAUAAAAAAAAAAAAAUGUACGUCGUUAUCUAGGCACGCGUAUAAUAUGUAUUCGUCGUCGCUUCCUUUUUCUUUCUUGCCGCGAUCGGCGAGGACACGAAGUGAUAAUGAUCGUCGAUUUUCGGUACCGGUGAUCGUCUCGCGGGGACAGUAAGAACUAAGGAGAUAGUAUUUCGAUUCUGUUUAAUUGAUAAAGUAUAAUUUUGUAGCGCGCGAUGUUCACGGCGGAUUCUUUUUACCGAGAGAGAGAGAGCAUAAGUUGUCGUUGAUAUUCAAUUAUAAGAUUUUGAGUCGUUAAGAUAAGAAGAUAACAUUCUAUAUGAUUAAAGCGAUUUCUUUAGGAUAGAACGACAUACACAAAUAUAUAUAAAUAUAUAUAAAUUAACAAUUGCACUACAGAAUUACCAGUGACGAGAUGAAGCGCUUUUAGUAAUAAUAAUUUUCAUAGAGAAAAGUGACUGUCUCUUUUGAGCAGGAAUCUCGUCGGGCGGGAGGAGAUACUCGCCGAGGGAAAUCGCACGGCGAGCCGCCGAAAUUAUAUACGUAGAUCUGAGAGGGUGCGAUAACGUCUCUUAAGUUAAUGGUAAUUUUAUGCGAUAAGCGAUACUCCGGGUAUCAUAGUUUACGCUGAUUGUGAGAAGAAGACCUCGGACGCGAGCCUAGUCUGAGAUCCUGUUUCCAUUCUGCGCGAGAGAAUUCUCAGUUCGUCGAAUCACACGUGUGGACAACCGGCGAGCCUGCCGAAUUUUCUCCCCGAUUCCCUUUUCAAAUAGACUGCGCUGAAAAAAGAGAAUGGUAAUAAUAAUCGAUCCUAGAUAAUAGUCUCUAAGCUUCAGUGAAACAUUCUAGUUUCAAUGGAAUGUUCAGAGUUAAUGUAACCAAAUAUUUAGUAAUAUUUAGUAACCGUUUGAUAACCAUUUAAUAAUCGAUUGGUUACUAUUAAUAUAAUUAUUUAUUAUUAGAUAUUUGAUUAUAUUAGUCAAACAUUAAUUGAAAUUAUUUCACCAAAUUAUUACCAAACUCUCUUUUCUCAACGCAAUUAUGUGAUCAAUGUGCUUAUUAUGAUAGCUUUGCCCCAAAACCGUAUACGAUGACAAUGUACGACAAAUGGGAGAUACCAAAGCACGCGAGACAAAAGUACGAGCGAUCGCGCAGAAUCGAAACAGAUCGUUAAUGUAGCCACAUUUUGUAUGUUACACAAUUACAAAAUAUCUCUAUUGUAUUUAAUCGAGCAUUGAUGUACGUCCCACGUUCGUUAAUUUAAUAUUUAAUCGAUAGGCAGAGAGAGAGAGAGAGAGAGAGAGAGAGAGAAGAAGAAGAAGAAGAAGAAGAAGGAGAAGACUGGGCGCUCUACUGCAUCUCUAUUUGCAUCUCUUGGAAAAAAAUUUAUUAGUUUCAGUAAGGGCUGUUUACUGAAGGAUUUUUUUAACGGAAACCAAAUAUUUUGUUUUAGAUGACAAAAAAUUUAGUUGCUAAUAAAAAAAAAUGAACAGCUCAACUAAAGGUACUUUCUUUUCUUAGUGUAGGUGCGCAGGUGAUGUAACACGAGAGUGAAUCCAUUCUGGCACUGCGAACGCAGCCACGUUUGUAACUUUGUAUUUUCUAUGUUAUUAAUAAAACAGUAAAAUCACAAAGAAUCACGGUAGACCAAUUGUGUGCAUCGAAACGUAAAUGCGUGCUUGGAUUAUGCGACUGUCUGCGAGAAGAUAGCCGUUGUAUUGUUAAUACCGCCGCUUCUUUACUACGUGACUAUAAUAUAAUCUGAGAAUAUAAAAUAUGGUACUGUACAA